AUGGAGGGGAUGGGCUCGCUCUUCAACAUCGUCUCCAGGAUCCUCUCCGACCACCCUGGCCCCGCCUGCCGCUUCCACUUCGACCACAUCCGCCUCCACAAAUCCAAAAAGAGGUCCGCCGAGGAAGACACGCAGAUCGAGAGCUGGUUCCGCUCUCGUGCCCUUGCCAACCUUGAGGAGCUCGAUAUCUUCUUCGUGCCCUUCGGAUGGACAACACAUGCUGGGACCGAGAAGCGUUUCCUGCUGCCAUCAUCCGUGUUCCAUAUCACGUCAGCUCUCGUCAGGGCCAGCUUCGGCUACUGCGAUUUCCCAAACGAGGUUGCUCAUGCAAUCAAGUUUCCCCUCCUGAAGAGGCUCACCCUACACCAUGUUUCCAUCUCCGAUAAUGUGUUCAGCAGGAUGCUCUCUGGCUGCCAUGUCCAGGAGACCCUGCAUCUCGAGGAAAUGCGUGAUGUGCCUUGCCUCCACAUUACGUCGUCAACUCUUAGGAGCAUCGGCACUAGUAAUUUGGACAAAUGUGAAUUGAUCAUUCAGGACGCCCCUCGCCUUGAGAGGCUGCUACUAUCUUGUCCAGGCGAUGAGACUAUCCGGGUAAUUAGGGCACCUAAACUGGAGAUAUUGGGCCUUUUGUGGCCCGGCAUCUCCGAAAUCAAGAUUGCCAACCUUGUCUUCCAGGGAACGAACCCAGCCAGCUUGAAAAACCCAAUUCGCACGGUGACAGUUUUGGCUCUCGAGUUUUCUCGCCCUAAUUUGGAUGCAGUUCUUGAAGUCCUGAGGUGCUUCCCUUCUUUGGAAAAGCUCUAUGUCAACCGGGAAACAUACAUGCUACAGAUGAAAAAUGUGCAUCCAUAUGACCCACUAGAUCCAAUCGAAUGCCUUGAGAACCAUCUGAAAAAACUGGUGUUUAGAGGUUAUUAA